GGUCCGCGCGCUGCAGGCUCGCUCGCUCGCUCGCUCACGCCGGAAUGGCCACCACCACCGCGCUGAGGCUCCUGAGGCUCGAGCGCGCCUCUCGCAUCACGUGGACCCCGAGGAGCGGCGGAGGAGAGCGCGCGGAACAGUGAAGGACUGAAAACGCUGGGAUUCUGUUUCCCUCUAUUUUGUUUAUUCAUUUACUGCGCUCUUUUCUUUCCGUCUGUCUCUCUCUCUCGCCGCGCGCGCUCGCAAAACACAAAACCAUGCAACUAAUGAAUGUAACCAACGGCAGCGGAGCGGACAGUCUCGCGCCCUGGAACUUUACCGCUUCACUGAGUAACGUGUCCAGUGAUGGGAACAUCAGCUGUGAAGGAGGCAGCGGCAAUGGCUCGUGUCCGGUUGCCGAAGACCCCGGGAGUCCAUACAAGACGGUGGAGAUGGUCUUCAUCGCCUUGGUCACCGGAUCCCUCAGCUUUGUCACGGUGGUGGGUAACAUCCUGGUCAUGCUCUCAAUCAAAGUAAACCGGCACCUGCAGACAGUCAACAACUACUUUCUGUUCAGCCUGGCAUGUGCAGACCUCAUCAUCGGCGUGUUCUCCAUGAACUUGUACACUGUGUACAUUAUAAAGGGCUACUGGCCACUAGGACCUGUGGUGUGCGACCUUUGGUUGGCCCUGGACUAUGUGGUCAGUAAUGCCUCUGUGAUGAACCUGCUGAUCAUCAGCUUUGACCGGUACUUUUGCGUGACCAAACCACUGAGUUACCCUACAAGACGCACAACCAAGAUGGCCGGCCUGAUGAUCGCCUCGGCCUGGAUUCUCUCCUUCAUCCUGUGGGCUCCCGCCAUCCUGUUCUGGCAGUUCAUUGUGGGGGAACGCACCGUGGAACCAGGCGAGUGCUACAUCCAGUUCCUCUCCAACCCGGCGGUCACUUUUGGCACAGCGAUCGCUGCCUUCUAUCUUCCUGUGGUCAUCAUGACAGUGCUGUACAUCCACAUCUCUCUGGCCAGCCGCAGCCGUGUGUCCAAGCAGAAACCUGAGGCCAAGAAGGAAAAGAAAGGCUUGAAAUCCGCCGGGCUGCUGAAGAGCCACAUCCUGAAGCAGAACAACAACAAUCAGUCACCUCCCAAACCCAGCAUAGACACUUGCAGCACGGCUGAAACCAUGAAGAACGGAAAGUUGGAUGAGUCCAUGGUGUCCACCAAAGCUGACUCCAGCAUUCAACCCGAGGAGAAGGAGAGCUCCAACGACUCCAGUACAGCAAGUAUCGCGCCAAAAGAGCCCAAAGAGAGAGACAACAGCGAGGCUACGUCAGAGAAAGGCCUGACCCCAGCUCCAGCACCUGUGGCCAAACUCAACCCAAGUUCCAAAUGGUCCAAGAUCAAGAUUGUCACCAAGCAAGCGGGAGACGAGUGCAUCACGGCCAUCGAGAUUGUCCCACCAGCGAGUGGCAGCGAGGGUCGCUCCAUCCCUAUAAACCGUCCACGAACGGUGGCGCGCAAAUUCGCCAGCAUCGCUCGCAGCCAGGUGAAGAGAAAAAGGCAGAUGGCGGCGCGAGAGAAGAAAGUGACCAAGACCAUCUUCGCCAUCCUCUUGGCCUUCAUCAUCACGUGGACGCCAUACAACGUGAUGGUCUUGAUCAGCACAUUCUGCCAUUCCUGUGUGCCGGACACAGUGUGGGCCAUCGGCUACUGGCUCUGUUACGUCAACAGCACCAUCAACCCAGCCUGCUACGCGCUCUGCAACGCCACCUUCAAAAAGACCUUUAAGAACCUUCUCAUGUGCCAGUACAAGAACAUUGGCACCAGGUGAGCUGGAGCAGAUCCACAGCCAGAGGCCCGAAGGACGACUGGGCUGUCCCAGAUCCCUACGUGGAUUCCAGACCGAUGUCUUGCACUGGAAUGUAUCAUUGCAGUACCUUGUGAGGCUUCAUAACCCAGUGAUGCUCAGUGCACUGUGCAGUAUCGUUACCAAAACUGUAAGAUAACAUUACAAAGAAGGAAGGCUGAUGCACUGAUUCCGCAGUCUGCGGAAGUCUCCUCAGAGUACACUGUACGGUAAACUGAACAUCAGAUCGUGGAUCCGUCUGCAAACUUCUGCUCUUCUGCUGCUGAUAAACAGACCUGUGUUUGAUAUGUUCUGCUUAUAUGCACUGCCAAACCAAUCAGCAGAUCUUACGAUUAGCAUUAGUUGAGCGACGGGAGCCAAUAAAAGCUCAUUAUCUUCAUUGGUGCAGAAAGAUAAUCCAAACACAAAGCACAAUGAAGGAAGGCCAAGUUGUUGUUGUUGUUGUUUUCAAACUGGCACAGCAAAUAGAACAAUGAUUAUGGUAUUGCUUGUAUUAUUUUCCCUGUAUUCCACCUUAACAAGCAUCUCAGUUCAGCAUAACAAGCAUUUAUUCUUUCACCAGUGGCACAAAAACAUUGCCAUUAAAUUGUGUACAUGAAUCUCAAUGACAGUCACCAAGCUUUAAUGACUAACGACUAACUCGGAUGUACACUCAUUGACAACAACAGAAAAAUAAUGCACCAAAAGGUAUUUAUUAUUGGGGAAAACUUAACAAGGGUUAGGCAAGGUUGGGAUAUAAUGGUUGGGAAAGAUGUCACAUAGGUUCUGUAUGGAAUCCUGCAGUGGAGGACGCUUGUAGAUUCUUCUCUACGAGUCAAGGUGGUUUUGCAAUCUGGCCGAGACAUUCCUGGAAAACCUUUGCUGAAAAAUGGCAAUGAAAAAUUGGAAAACCAUUGCAGAUGCCCAUGUGGCCACAGAAUGUCAUUGUGGUUAGAGUUGUUUAGUGAUCCCUCAUAUAGUCAUAACUAACAUGAUGGGCUGGAUUAAACUGCUCAUCACAAGGCCUCCAUACUUAAACCCAAACAGAACCUGGAUUUUCCAUGUUGUAACAAUGAUACAAUAGUAGAGUUACACUCCGUAGCAGUCCUUGUUUCUCAAUCAUGACAAUGGCUAGCUGAGGCAAAUGGUCAGUAAUCUCUCACCAGGAGGUACACUACCCAAAAGUUGCCAAAAAGGGUAGUGUGGAAAGAUCUUUCACACUCUUGUGUUGCAAGACCAAGUGUUUAAUUAGAUUUAUUAAUAAACCCAUCAGUUUGGCAGCAAUCUAGGAUGCGUUGUUUUUUGCGGGGUCAAUGAGUGUAUUCUGUGCUUUAUAUUGCCACAAUUAUAAACAUUCUCUGAAGUCAAGAUUGAAUAUAGAGCAAAUACCCACACAAAUCUUGAGGUAUAAAGGUCAUACAUUUUAUGAUUAUCCUUAAAUCAAGCAACUAUUUUGGGCUGAGUUGCAAUCAGAUGCCUCUUUGUUUGACGCCUGUAUGGUUUAUGAUGUUUACAUUGAGGGUCACUGAUAAGAUGGGGACAGUACCCUGAUUAAACUGCUUUUACCAUUAACGCUUCUCACCCAAGAAAGAUCCAGAAAGAGUCCACCUCUGAAUGGGCUCUAUAGUAAACUUUUGUAGAUUUCUGACAAAUUCCUGACAGAUUUUAGCUUCUCAUUAGUUCUCGAAAUGUAAAUAGUAUAUAAACCUGCGAAGUAUAUGCUCAUGAAAAGUCCACUUUCCUUCCUGCACUUCAUACGUGGAUGUUUGUACUUUUCUUGUACUUAAAUGGUGAUUUACAUGUGAUUUUACAAACUAAGUAUGGAACAUAUUGCUGUCUGUAAGCAAAUGUAUUUAACACAGAUUUUAAUUUGUGAUGAAGUUAAGAGACUUGGGGGAAAUAUCGGAGGCGUUGUACAUUUGUUAAGAUUGUUUACGGCUCAUUACGAGACACAGCGGGCACGUUGGCUUGUUUGUGAUGUUGGAAAAAUGGAAAAGGUUUGUCUUUGCUUUGCCCUUCGAUUGAAGACUACUGUAUCUUUCGCACUAUAAGGCGCACUGGAUUAUAAGGCACACUAUCAAUGAACGUCUGUUUUCUGCUCUAUUUUUAUACAUAAGGAUGCAUACAGGAUUAUAAGGCGCAUUUUAAGCGACACUAGUAAGUCAAGUCAAGUGAAGUAGUGAUAUUGUCAAUACUGCAUAUGUACAGAACAUACAGCGAAAUUAAAAUUACGUUACUUUCCUUCCCAAAAAUUACAGAAACUACAAAAAAAUAGAUGUAUAAUAUAAAAGAAUGGGAGACACUAUAUGUACAAUACAGCAAGGACACACAUAAGACACAAAUAGUAAGGAACAGGAGUGUCGCCAUGUUUUCCUUCUAAUUCAACAGGUCUUGCGGUUGGGUGGUGGUGGUGGGGGAUGAGUAAGCCUAAAUAAAGUUAAGAUAAGCUAAGUAAAAAAGUGAAAAGAGCACUGGAUAUUAAUCUACACAGAUUUCUCUCCUGAAAACUGUUUAUUUGGGUGAGUAAAGUGCUUCUGUUUAUUUACAGUGAACUUAGAUUCCCGAUUAGAUUUCUCCAGUCAUUUCUCCACUAAGUCUGGAGAAUUAGCCUUAGUGGCUAACCACUAACAGUUAGCAGCUAAUGCCACCCCACAGCUCUACACUGAGGAACUCUGAGUGUUCUGGUAAGCCAGGGCGAUAUAGGAUAGCGGUUUGUCCCACGUAGCUUGUUUUAACACAGUAAACACACAGACUACAGUUCAAUAAUACUCACCUCUGAACGACGAAAGAGCAACUCUUAGCCCAGUUAGUGGCUAAUGCUAAUGCUGCUUCAGCAGUGCUAGCCAGGGUUAUAAGCAGGCUACAGGCCGAUAAUACUCACCUCUGAAUGGCAAAUAAGGGCUAGCUCUUAGCGUGGUUAGAGGUUAAUGCUAAUCCUAAUGCUACUCCAGUCUCGGUGCUGGAGAACUAAACUGGAACUCCUGUAUAACUCUUUACUUUAGUGGAGUGUCUUUACUGCUCCUUAUAACCUGACUGAUAAAAUUCACACAAAGUGCACUGGAUUAUAAGACACACUAAUAUUUUUUUGGAAAAUGAAAGGAUUUUAGGUGCACCAUAUAGUGCAGAAAAUACAGUAUUUGUGUUUUUUUUUUCCCUUUUCACUUAAUGCUUAAUGUAAUCAUAUCGCAUUUUUGAUUUCACCAUUAAACCAAAGAAUCUAUGGCCUGGCACCAUUGUACUGUACAUAAAUAUAUAAGAAUAUAAGGUACUCCUCUGACAGGAUUUGUGCCAGAUUUUGUUUGUUGUCCAUUAAAAUCAUGCAUGUUAUUUGGUUAAUCUUUAUUUAUUCAUUUAUUUCUGUUUAUUUUCUUUGGCUUGCAAAAGUAUACAUACCCCUUAAAUGUUUUCACAUUUUGUCACUUUACAACCACAAGCUUAAAUGUAUUUUUUUUUUUGAGAUUUUAAAUGAUAGACCAACACAAAGUAGCGCAUAAAUGUGAAGUGGAAUGGAAAUAAUACAUGGUUUUCAAAAUUUUAAUCAAAUGAAAAUCUAAAAAAAAGUCUGUGGUGCAAAAGUAUUCAGCCCUCCUAUAUCAUUAGUUGUGUUCUACUAUAAUGUAGAGUCACCUUUUGCCCUUCUUUGUAAAACAGCUCAAGCUAAGCCAAGUUGGAUGGAGAUCAUCUGUUAACAGCAAUUUUCAUGUCCUGCCUCAGAAGCUCAGUGGUAUUUAGGUCAGAACUUUGUUUGGUUCAUUCUAACACAUGAAUAUUCUUCGAUCUAAAUCAUUCCACUGUAGCUCUGGCUGUAUGUUUAGGGUCAUUGUCUUGCUGGAAGGUGAAUCUCCAUCGCAGUCUCAAGUCUUUUGCAGCCUCCAUCAGGUUUUUGUCCAGGUUUCUUCCACUUAUUUCACUAGUAGAAUGGGUUAAGAGUAAAGGAGGAUGAUACCUGGUUUUUGCACGUCACACUUUUUUUUUUUUUAUUUGAUAAAAAGUUUGAAAAACAGGUAUCAUUUACAUUCCACUUCACAAUUAUGUGCUACUUUGUGUUGGUUUAUCACGUAACAUUUCAAUAAAAUACAUUUACAUUUGUGGUUGUAAGGUGUGAAAAUGUGACAAAAAACCUUUGUGACAAAAUGUGAAAAUGUUAAAGGGGUAUGAAUAUUUUUUUGCAAGACACAGGUAGGCUAUACUAGUGGAACUCAGCUUUCACACAAUGCAGCAGCAGUACAGAAAGAAUGUCGAAAAACAGGGGGAAAAAAUAUUUGUUUUCCAUUUGUCCAACCUCAUGCAGGCCAGGGUCGCCUGCUGUAUAAUACUUUAUAUUUAGCAAAAGCUCUAUGAUAAAUCACGCCUGAAAAAAGUGAAGAGAAGGUUUGAUUAAACAUGGUCUCUGCUUUAGUGCUGCGUGUUCUGAAUGUAAAAGAUAAGCUCAGAAGCUCGUCAGUAAGUGGGGACUUUUCUGCAGGUUAAACAUGGUGGGGAAUGGAAUUCAUACUUGGUCAUUUUGGACUAUUAACAUAAACAGCCCCCAAAUCAGUCUGAAACGGUGUACAGAUGACUGUAUGUGUUCUUUUUUUCUAAUGUACAAAACCUAAUAAAGAUCUUGUACUUACAGAGCAGCCAUGGA